AUCAGCUUCCGCUCCGCACAAAGAUUCAUCCUUUUCUUCACUUUCUCUCUCGCUCUCGCUCUCGCUCUCUUUCUCUCUCUCUCUCUCGCUCUCUAUCUGGGCGCCUCCCAAUUCUUCUUCCCUCUCGUGUGCGUGUGCGCCCGUGAGUAAUUGUGAGUUUCGCAAGGGGUAGGGAGAGAGUCGGGAGACGUGUCGUUCACCGUUUGUUUCUCCUUCUGUUCCUCCCUAAAGCGAUCAAAGCCUAGUGCUUUUCGUGUUCUUCUUCUUUUCAUUUUCUUUCUCCUGUGCCUGAGAUCUGCUAAUUCCUCGGUGUUGUAUAUAUUGCAAUAAGCAACUGGGGAACUGCAGAGUAAGUUUUUCAGGAGAUUUUGUCAUCUGGGUCUUGCCGCUUUUCUUGUGAUUAUGCCGUUGCUUGUAUUUUUGGUGUGAAGAGCGGGUUUGUUCCUUGUGUGUGUGUGUGUUUUUUUUUUUUUUUUCUUGUAUUAGGAAUGAAGAGAAUACGGGAUGAUUUGUACCCUGACUCUCAAUUCAAACGGCCCUUUGGUUCUUCAAAGGGGGAAUUGUAUGGGCAAUCCCAAGUUCCUGCAGUCGGAGUGGGAGGAGGAGGAGGAGGAGGAGGAGGAGGAGAAAGAGGAGGAGGGGUUAGUGUCUCUCAGAAAUUGACAACAGAUGAUGCCCUAACAUAUCUUAAGGAAGUCAAAGACAUGUUUCAAGAUCAAAGGGAGAAGUAUGACAUGUUCUUGGAGGUCAUGAAAGAUUUCAAGGCUCAAAGAACUGAUACUGUAGGUGUCAUAGCUAGAGUAAAGGAACUGUUCAAGGGGCAUAACAAUUUAAUUCUGGGCUUCAAUACAUUCUUACCGAAAGGUUAUGAAAUAACUUUGGAUGAGGAUGAAGCUCCUACUAAGAGGACAGUUGAGUUUGAGGAAGCUAUUAGUUUUGUAAACAAGAUAAAGAAACGUUUCCAAAAUGAUGAACUUGUUUAUAAAUCAUUUCUAGAGAUUUUGAAUAUGUACCGGAAGGAGCACAAGGAUAUAAAUGAGGUCUACAGCGAGGUAGCUACUCUUUUUGACGACCAUUCAGACUUGCUGGAGGAAUUCACAAGAUUUUUACCUGAUAGUUCCGCAACAUCUGUGGCUCAUAAUAUCCCAUAUAGUCAGAAUUCACUACAGCAUUAUAAUGAGCGGAAUAUGGCAGCACCUGCAAUGCGGCAAAUGCAUAGCGACAAGCAAUCCCAUCGUCGAGAUAGGUCAGAUACUGAUCGUGACCUUAGCGUUGAUCGUCCUGACGUGGAAGAUGAGAAAUCUGUUAUAAAGGCACAGAGGGACCAGAAAAAGCGUCUUGAGAGGGAUAGUCGAGAUAGGAUAAAUCGUGAACAGGAUGAUAGAGAGUCUGGACAUGAUAAUAAGGAUCUCCACUUGCAGAGGUCUUCUGACAAAAGGAAACCUGCCAGGAAAGUUGAAGGGUUUGGGAUGAAUGCAAAUGUCUCAUUUGCUGAUGACAAAAAUGCCUUGAAGAGUAUGUACAGCGAAGGGUUUAUUUUCUGUGAAAAGGUUAAGGAGCGAUUGGGCAGCUCAGAUGAUUACCAGGCAUUUCUGAAGUGUCUUCACAUGUAUAGCAAUGGAAUAAUCAAAAGAAUGGACUUGCAAAAUCUGGUGACUGAUUUGCUGGGAAAGUUUCCAGAUCUCAUGGAUGAAUUCAAUGAUUUUCUGGAACGCUGUGAAAACAUUGAUGGCUUUCUGGCUGGCAUCAUGAGUAAGAAGUCGCUUCCUGAUGGUCGUAUACCCAGAUCACUGAAGGCAGAGGAUAAAGAUAAAGAACAGAAACGUGAACCUGAAGGAACAAAGGACAAGGAAAGACAAAAGGAGAAGUACAUGUGGAAAUCCAUUCAAGAACUUGACCUCUCAGAUUGUCAACGUUGUACUCCAAGUUACCGUCUUCUGCCAGAUGAUUAUCCAAUACCUUCUGCAAGCCAGCGAUCAGAGCUCGGUGGGCAAGUACUGAAUGAUCACUGGGUGUCAGUCACAUCAGGUAGCGAGGAUUACUCUUUCAAACAUAUGCGAAGGAAUCAGUAUGAAGAGAGCUUGUUCAGAUGUGAAGAUGAUAGAUUUGAACUGGACAUGCUACUGGAAUCUGUAAGCUCAACUUUUAAGCGUGCGGAGGAGCUUCUGAAUAACAUCAGCGAGAGUAUACACAAUAUGGAGACUCCUUUCCAUGUUGAGAAUUAUUUCACUGCUCUUAAUUUAAGAUGCAUUGAACGUUUAUAUGGUGACCAUGGCCUGGAUGUACUGGAGAUCCUUCGGAAAAACCCAACUCUUGCAUUACCUGUCAUACUGAUUCGCCUCAAACAGAAGCAGGAAGAGUGGACAAAGUGUCGUUCAGAUUUUAACAAGGUUUGGGCUGAUAUAUAUGCCAAAAACCACUACAAAUCACUUGAUCAUCGCAGUUUCUACUUCAAGCAGCAGGAUUCAAAGAACUUGAGCACAAAAUCUUUGGUUGCUGAGAUCAGAGAAAUGAAAGAGAAGAGGCAAAAAGAGGAUGAUAGUAUUCUUGCCAUUGCAGCUGCAAACAGGCAGCCCAUUGUUCCCCAUUUUGAAUAUCUAUUCUCUGAUGGUAGCAUUCAUGAAGACUUGCACAAACUUGUUAAGUACUCAUGUGAAGAGGUUUGCUCCACCAAAGAACAGUUAAAUAAAGUUAUGCGGCUAUGGACUACAUUUCUGGAGCCAAUGCUGAGUAUUCCUUGUAGGUUCCACAAGAAAGGGGGUGCUGACGUUGUUGGCAAAACCAUUUCUGGUGCUAGAAUUGUCACUCCAUCAAAGGGAGUUGAAAUUAAUGGAAGUCCAGAUACUGAUGGUCCUAAAGCAGAUCUAAAGCAUUCAAAGCCUGUAGACAGUAGGACAGAGAAUAUUUCAUCUGGAUUGGCAAGUACUUCCAAGACAAACUUGUCAAAUGGAAACAUGUCAACUAAAGAGAAUAGUUGUCUAGAUCCAGAGCAUGCCCAUGGGGAUGAUUCUAGUCACUACUCUCAUUUGCGAGUAAAUAAACUAAAGAAUGCAGUGACUGAAGAAAUGUCUAAGUUGAAGAUAGAAGCUGGGUCUGGCGAACCAGCCACUGACAGUGCAAAGAUUGCCACUUCAGAAAAUUGUUUUGGACGAGUUAAAAUGCAAGCAAUGUCAGGGGGUGAUGUGCCACCAUGUAAUCCUAGCAAUGGUGCCAUUGAGGACCGGAAGGCUGAUGUUCUUCCCUUACUGGAGGCUGGUACUGCUGCAAAAGUUGCUGGGAGUGGAUUGCUUGAGGAAGGUACAAAAGCCAACAGAUACAAUGGAGAUUCUUUUGGGUCCCCUAAAAUUGAGAAGGAAGAAGGUGAAUUAUCUCCAGUUGCUGACUACGAGGAAGACAACUCUGCUCCCAAUAGAGAUGGAGCAAAGGCUCUGCCUAAGGCAAAUUGCCAUGCAGAUGACAAAGAGAACCACUCUGUUGGUGGGGAACAGGCAUGUACCCGGGAUGGUAGGAGAGGAAAUCAUGCAGAUGAGGAAGACAGUGAAGAUGUUUCUGAAACAGGUGAUGUAUCGGGUAGCAAUUCUGCGGGUGAUGAGUGCUCUCAUGAAGAGAAUGAAGAGGAGGAAGAUGUGGAUCAUGAUGAUGAUGGUAAGGCUGAGAGUGAGGAUGAGGCAGAGGGUACAUCUGAUGCGCCUCGGAAUGGAGACUCUGCUUUGUUGCCACUGUCAGAACGUUUCCUUUCUUCAGUGAAGCCCCUUUCAAAGCGUGUGCAGGCUGUUCUACCUGCAGAGAGGAAGUGUUUCCAGAUUUUCUAUGGAAAUGAUGAUUUCUAUGUGCUUUUUAGGCUUCAUCAAAUUCUCUACGAAAGAAUUUUAUCAGCAAAGACGAACUCAAUAAACACUGAUAGACGCAGAAUAUCGGAGGAUAUCGGCUCUACAGAUCCAUAUGCCAGGUUUAUGAGUGUCCUGUACAACCUGCUUGAUGGGACCAUUGAUAAUGCAAAAUUUGAGGAUGAGUGCAGAGAUAUAAUUGGAAAUCAGUCUUAUGUGCUCUUUACAUUGGACAAGUUGAUAUAUAAGCUCGUGAAGCAGCUUCAAUUAGUUGCUUCUGAUGAUAUGGACAAUAAGCUUCUUCAAUUGUAUGAUUACGAGAAAUCACGGAAAAGUGCUAGGUUUGUUGAUCCAGUUUAUUAUGAAAAUGCACGUAUCUUCCUCCAUGAUGAGAACAUAUACAGAAUGGAAUUUUCAUUUGCUGCUCCUUCUUUGUCCAUUCAGCUGAUGGACAAUCCGAAUGAAAAACCAGAAGUGUUUGCUGUUUGCAUAGACCCUAAUUUUGCUGCUUAUCUGCACAAUGAUUUUCUGAUAGCCUCUCCUAUCAGAAAGGAGCCACAUGAUAUAUUUCUUUCAAGGAACAAGCGUGAAUAUGCUGACCUGGAUGAAAAUUCUGCAAUUUGUAUGGCCUUGGAGGGUGUUCGAGUGGUUAAUGGUCUGGAAUGCAAAGUGGCUUGCAACUCAUCAAAGACUUCAUAUGUCCUGGACACUGAAGAUUUCCUUUUCCGGUGGAGAAGGAGAAGGAAAAGCUCGCCCAGGGUUCAAUCUUCUUCUCGUUACGAAGAAAAGAUACAAAGGUUCCACAGAUUUUUAUCGACAAAGUAGAAGCACACCUUACAGCAGAAGCUAGUAAAGAUGGCGAAAGAUUAGUACGUCAGAAACCUCGGUCAAUUCUGUGCAUGGCGUCGUCUCUUCUUUCUAUGAACAAAGUCAUCCAGGGAAAGCCUCAGUAAUCGACUUCGUCGCGGGUAUAAAGAGAACACUGACUUGGCACGAGGUCUAUUGUGGUUUCCUUUGGGCAAUACGAUCUAGCUGACAUACUUGACCCGUCUAAUGAACCGUGAGCUGGAAUAGGCCAACCGUCUCGUCUCUGGCGGUCACUCGGCAGCUGUGUAUAUAGUGUUGUGUGUUACAUGGUCGAAAUGUGGCAUCAUGAACUAUGUCCGAGUAGGAGCUGCUCUGCUCUUGGCCGAUAACUCGCUCUUCACGAAAAGAUGGACUGACACUAUUGGGUAAAAGUCGGCGACGUUCUGUAAUCACAUACUAGACUUUGGAUUGACAAUGGUAAUAAAAUUUUAGCUAGUUUUUCCAUCCCCUCGG